AUGACUGACGGCAAGACCCUAGUACACUCGCAUAUCCACUGGCGCAAUGAGAAGAGGAAAAGCUGGCAUCGAGAAUUGAUAUCCAAGGUGGUAAGCCUGCUACAAGCCGAAGAUCACGAUUCCCUGGCACUUGUAGCCAGAACGACCGGAAUUCCUCCCCAGUUACGCAAAAACGUGUGGCCUAUUUUGCUGAAGUACCACCCCAUGGUCAUUUCACCGAAUAUCAUGUCAAACACACUGGUUUGGGACUCUCAAAAACAAAAUUGGCGCUACCACCCGGAAACCAGAAGUACAGAGGAGAUAGAUCUUCUUAUCAUGCACGAUCUGAGUAAGUACUUUCACAGACGAAGCCCGGGAGGUGGUAAGAACCACAGUGCCAGUGGUUCUAAUUCCAUUCCUUUUUCCAAUGAUCCCCCACAGCUUUCUUGUGAAGAGCAGCGAACUAUCGAGUGUCUCAAAUCCUGCAUUUGCCAAUUUCUAAAGAAGUGGUCCCAAUUUUUCAAAUAUGAGAGUGGACUUACGUGGAUCGCGCUGGCGCUAGCUGAAUGGUACCCAUUUGAUGACAACAACAGUAUUCUUCCCGGGAAGCGACACGGUCCUCCCGUCUAUCUCUAUGAUGAGUACUUUUUACCACAAUAUAUUCAAAAUCAGCUUCCAGACAAAGUUGAGUUCACGUUCAGUGAUUUAUAUGAAAGACUGGUACUAGUCAUUUUGCACUCCCCCGACAUACCGAAAGCAGAGAAGCUGGCUGGGAAGAACGGUAACGACACCUCUGUUCCGCAAUACUAUCCAGUUAUUUCCGGAGGAGACUUAGCAUUUCAAUGUCAACUGUUCUUUAAGGUGUUUUCCAUAAUCUUACCGGAGCUUUAUCAGCCCGUGACCGACGAGGAGUCCCUCAGGCCAUCUAAGAAAACCAACUGGAUGUACUGGUGGUUCAAGUGUUCCGGCGCGCGUGUGCUGCAUAAGCAAGAUCGAGGUCGAAUUUGGGAUACCUUUUUAGGCUGGCGACCACACCCAAGGUCGCUGAACUUCUACCUCAACUACAACAAUAAGAUUUUCGAACACCUGUAUUCUACAACCACCACCUCCCGCUUGGACGCUGAUUUUUUCAAAAAAAUCUGUAAAUACGGGCAUGAUGCAUUUUGGUUUCCCGACCUCGAAGCUCUUCGCCUAGGCUCACCAGAUCUUGAGUGCGAUUUUCAAGUUCUCUCCGAAUUGGUGCGGCGCAAUAAGUAUGGAUCUCCUGAUGAGGAGCUCGAGAUAUCCACCAACUCCAGUGUGGGAAGCCAGACUCGAAAACUUACAACGGGGGUAAAUAUACCAUUUUCGCUGUUAGACCCACAUGUGCAGCUGAUUUUCAUGUACAUGGGAAUUUUGCAGCAGCAUGAGUUCAAACUGCUAGAAUUCGAAGAGGCUGAAAUAUCCGAAUUUUUCAAUAACGUUCCAUCCUUGUCCCGUGCUGAUGACCAUAACUAUCGACACCUUUACGGAAACGAUUUAGACUCGCGAUCUGUCAGCUCUAGUGAAACAGAGCCAGAGGACCUGACAAAAAGACCUACCUCAAAUUCGUCUACUACCCACAUGUUAAUCGAGGUCGGUGAUGAUGACAAAACUGCCAAUUCGUUCGACGAAAUCUACAAUCUCGCUGGUGAUAUCUGGAGAAAAUGGAUUUGGAGGGAGCUGGAGGACAGUGCGAGUGGAUAA